AAGAAUAAUUUUUGGAACCCUAGUUGUCCGUAUAUCCUUAUAUUGAUUUUUUUUUUACUAAUGCCAAUUUAUUUUAUUUAGAUUUUUGUCAUUAUUUUCGUUUCCUUUGUUUUGACAUACAUUCCCUCUCUCCAUGCCUCUUCCAUGCUCACAGGCCAUGCAGCCAGUUUACUAUGUUACAUAGUUACAAGAUUAUUAAUAUCUACUCUUACAUCACAAGUGGGAGGGAAGCGGCUGGUACAUUCGGGCACUUUAGACCAGGAUACUUGUCAUAUUUUGUGAUGGCAACAACAACAACAAAGCCAGGGGUAAGCAAUAAUAGUUAAUAACAGUUAAUAAUAGUUAAUGUUCCCAUUGGGACUUGACAUUACCAUGACAUCAAUGAAUGUUUACCAAGGUACAUUUAAAGGGUUUGACGAUACAUCUGAGGGGCAACCUUGAAUUAAUCUGAGAUAUGACAGAGCACAGAGGACAUUUUGAUCUUGUAUCCUUAAUUUGAAACACAGAGUUGAGUUUUUCUUGCCCAUGUGGCGAGGUGUACAAAGGCAGGCUGGAGGUCAGAGUGACCAAGAGCUGCCAUGCUACACUCUUGUCCACACGUGCUGCAUAGGUAGGCUUACAUGCCUGUGAAUUUUGAAGAAUGCAAAAGGAGAGGGCUGUAAAUAUCUGACCUUUGAGAGGGCAGAAAGUGUCCACCAAAACAAGUCAAUAAUAAUAAUAAUAAUAAUAAUAAUAAGGUUUCAUUGUUUUUGGUGAAGAUGUUAAAACACAAGCAUUGUAAGAAAGAAAAAGCUCACUUUUCUAAAAAAAAACAACCCAAUGCGAUCUCAAAAUCUGAUUUGGGGCUAAAUGACACAGAAAUACAGACAAAGUGGGCUGAAUCAGGAUACUUUAUAAAGAAAAGUAUGCCAACUCUCUUUUCCCUCGAUAUAUUUGUCCCUCUAGUGUUUCCAGGCCAUCGAUCCGUCCAACCCCGCACUGACCUCUGACAGGAAAGUGAUAUAGGAGAAAGGGGAAAUUGCCAUUUAAAGAGACCUCUGGAUAUCGAACGGCCUGCGUCAUGGCAGCCAUUGAUCUGGAGCGUGGGCUGGAGCAUGGCGGCCGUGGCUGGGGGCAGGAGAGGCCGGAGCUGAUGGACAAUUUUGACUCAGAGAUGCAAGAGUGGGAGGACCAGCUGCAGGACAUCCAGAGAAAAAUCGAAGAGUUGUACAGUGAAGUCCAGGCCCGCAGAGGAGCGAACGAUAUCACUACUGACAACCAGAAAAAUGAUGGAGAAUUGGAGUGCGGCCUCGGGCACCAUGGCAAUGGUCUUUUUGCGCCCGGCCAUCACAGCAAGAAUCACCCCGGAGCUAUUACUGUGCCACAUCACUAUAGUAACGGCUGUAACUAUAGCCCCAAUGGGUACAGCUACCCUGUGAGUCAUCAAAAUGGCUACGAUUACUGCCACGCCAACUCGGAGAUCGGGGACUUGUUGCAGGAUUAUUUGGGGCAGGGGAAGCAAAUGAGCCGGAAGAACAACGGAGCUCGCCACGUGCGCUUCAGCGACACAAUCAAGGUGAGCCCGGGAACGGAGAUCAGAAAAAGUUCUGGAAAUGAAAGGCUUGGACAAGAGCAGUUUUUGGGCAGCUUUGAAGAGACUGAAAACAGGAAGAACCAAGUGUCUCACAUGAAGAGCUCCCCUCGCAGAGAGAGUUCCCCCAACAAAGAAAACACAGGAGCCAAGCCCCCUCUUGGACAAAGGGAUGCUCCUGCUGUACAGCCACGCUCACAGCUCCCACUCACAACAGCUGAAUCUCCUGCUCUGGACAGGAAGUCCUUUGCACCUGGCAUCCUGGGAGACAGGAAGUGCGGCAGCCCCUCUGUUCUGAGGAAGUUUGGGGCCAUGCUUCAGGAAAACGAGGGGAAAACGCUCACCGAAUCAGGGGUGGUGACCCAGCAGGGACUGGCUCCCGAGCCAAAGUGCCCCACCCCUGGCUGUCAGCGCAGAGCUCUGGGAGCCCCUGUAGUCGCCGGCAGGGCGCCCGUGCGUGUGCCUACCCAGAAAUGCCAAGCAGAUUCCGACGUGAUGAUAGCAGAGUUAGAGCCCAGCCAAGAAAGGGGGUUAGUAUCAGACUCUGGUAGACAGAACCACAAGGAUCAAAGAGGAGGCUACAGUGGACAGCAGUCUCCGAGGAGAUCACAUGUGGGGGGAAGCCCAAAGAUUAGACCCAGGGCUAACAGUGGGGAGAGAGCAAGGAAGCCUGCACCCCAACAUGUGGAGCCCAAAAUGGACUACAGGAGCUCAAGUGCUUCUUCCGGAGCUCAGAAGAUCCAGAGGGGUGGGUUGGUGGGACAGGAGUUGCCAGGUUGUGGCGCAGUGAGGGAUGAAGGACUUAUUGAGUUGCUGAACAUGCUGGAGAUCCAACACGAGUACAGCUCCAGUCCCAAAGCAGGACAUACAGCUUACAGACAGGAUCCACAGCAGGUGAACCAAGCCCAUUUGUCUCCAGCAAAUCCCAGGAAGAGCUUCUCUCGUCCUGCACGGCCGGCAAACCAGAGACCUCCUUCCAGGUGGGCUGGCCGCACCCCUACUGCCAUCAUCACCGCCCCAUCAGGCCCAAUGUACCGUCCCCCAAGCCCGCUAACUCGCCCUCGUAGCCCCAUGACCAGAACCCCAAGUCCCGCCCUGAAACACCGGCCUCACGUGUCCUAUUCUCUUCAGACUGAGACCGUCAUCAUGUGAUACCUUUCCAUUUCAAUAAAGCUUGAUCCCUUCCUCCAGGGAAACCCUCUCUCUGUGUAAAUAGUAAGGACUUUUCUGUGAAACAAAGUGCUUUAAGAGAGUUAAAGAAAUGCUUAAUUUCAUCUGGGUGUCAAGAUAAAAAACAAACAUCCACAACAUUCUCCAGUGUUGCUGUGGCUUUUUGCUUCUUCUGUGCUGAAACCUUUGCCAACACAUCCACAUAUUGCUUAGUUGCCCCCUUAUCCUUUUUUGUAUUGAAUUUCAGGUGUUUUCUGUAUAAUGAGAUUUUGCAUGCAGCCCUAGUUUGAGGGUGCAUGCUCAUGUGUUGAAUUCCCAUGGUGGGCAGGU